AUGUCACUGAAAAGAAGACUACUAAAUUCCAUAUCGAACGCCCUUUCUCGACCAGAGCUGGAUUUUGAUUUUCUGUUGAAUAAUAAGAAUCUGAACCUGAUUAAAGAAAAUAUACGGUGUCGUAAAGGUAUUGGUGAUAUCGAUGCGGUUCAUAGGUUGUGGAAGCAAAUUCAAGAUUAUUCAGGAAGGCUAGAACAGUCCGAGCUGGAGUACCAAUCGUUAUGGGAUAAAUUGUACGAAGAAGCCAUGCUUAUACCUAAUUUAUGUCAUGCAAGCGUCCCGAAAGGUGAUUUUUCGACUGCACAUGCUGUACGAUUUUUUGGCGAGAAACGAAAGGACGAUAAUUUGGAAACCGCGGAAACUAUUGCUAAAGCUUGGAAGGCUCUUUACAAUCCCUUAAAUGCAUGUGGUGAACGAAGUUACGCAUUUAUCGGUCCCCUAGCGGAUUUGGAGCUUGCAUUACUUGAUUACGUUUCAUCGGCCGUGGAAGAGAAAGGUUUCAAGCCAGUCGUUGUACCGGACAUAGUUCAUGAGAGUAUUCCUGAAGGAUGUGGAUUGCAGCAAAGAUCGGAUAAAGAUAUCUUGUAUCGCCUGAGGAAUUGCAAGGAUUUUUGUUUGUCGGGUACAUCGGAAAUGGGACUGAGCAGUUUGGUAAGUGGACGAGUUUUUGGACACUGUGAAUUACCUCUCAAGCUGAAAGCCAUAAGCAGGUGUUUUCGGCCAGAAAUUGCAACAAAUGCUGCCGAAAGUAGAUUAUACAGAGUUCAUGAAUUUAAUAAGAUCGAAAUGUUUGUUAUUUGCAAUGAGAAUGACAGUGACUUGCAGCUAGAUGAACUGGUCAAGAUACAGACUUCAAUUUUUUCAAGCUUAGGAUUACAUUGCAGACUUCUGGAUAUGCCCUCGGAAGAAUUAGGUGCUUCAGCUGCUCGCAAAUUCGAUAUCGAAGCUUGGAUGCCAGGAAGAAAGAUGUUUGGUGAAGUGUCAAGUGCUUCAAAUUGCACUGAUUAUCAAGCAAGACGACUAAGUAUUAAAUAUCGUGAUUCGAGUGAUGUGGAAAAAUUCGCUCAUACUUGUAAUGCUACGGCGGUUGCGACAACAAGAACACUUAUAGCUUUGUUAGAAACCUAUCAGAGUGAAAGAAAACGUUUGCUAGAAUUACCUUACGAAAUUCGUCGAAGGAUGCCCAAAAUGAGGUCCUGGACUAUCAGCUUACAUAAUGCUCCGGAUGUAAAUGCCAAUCGCCGGUGUACUUCAUAG